CGCCUGCGCGGGGCGGGGCGGCGCUCGCGUGACCUUGGUGCGGCGGCUCGCGCGCUUCCGCGGCGGCAGCGGGCGGGGGCGGCGGCGGCGACAUGCGGGCGGCGGUGCUGCUGCUGCUGGCGCUGGCGGCGGGGCCGGGCGGCGGCUCGGCGGAGCAGGGCGGCCUGCCGGCCAAGAAGCUGCGCAUGGCCUACGCCACCGGGCCGCUGCUCAAGUUCCAGAUCUGUGUCUCCUGAGGCUACAGGCGGGUGUUUGAGGAGUACAUGCGGGUUAUUAGCCAGCGGUACCCAGACAUCCGAAUUGAAGGGGAGAACUACCUUCCUCAACCUAUAUAUAGGCACAUAGCAUCCUUCCUGUCUGUCUUCAAACUAGUAUUAAUAGGCUUAAUAAUCGUUGGCAAGGAUCCAUUUGCUUUCUUUGGCAUGCAAGCUCCAAGCAUCUGGCAGUGGGGCCAAGAAAAUAAGGUUUAUGCUUGUAUGAUGGUCUUCUUCCUGAGCAACAUGAUUGAGAACCAGUGUAUGUCCACGGGUGCAUUUGAAAUAACUUUGAAUGAUGUUCCAGUGUGGUCUAAGCUAGAGUCUGGCCACCUUCCUUCCAUGCAGCAGCUUGUACAAAUUCUUGAUAACGAAAUGAAGCUCAAUGUUCACAUGGAGUCAAUGCCUCAUCAUCGAUCAUAGCCCCAUCUAUCAGCACUGAAACUUCUUGCAUUAAGUGGUGAUUUCCAAAGGCAGCGUGGCUCAGACCCAUGAAGGCCUGUACUGAAGACAGCAUGCUGUUAGUACAGACUGGAUGCUUCUCUCGCAGCCGCGUUGUGCCUCCUGAAAAAAAACUUAAUGAAAGACCUCUUUCAGUGCUGGCCUGCUCCCAGAUACUGCACAUUCAUGGAGUGCAAUAAUACUGUAUAGUUUUUUUAAGAUUUCAUUCGACCAGUUCAUAGCUCAACAAUGCAGGCAUUACUAAUUGUAACUUAUUUUAUAUUCAUGUUUCACACAAUGGCAGAUUGAGUUGAUACCUAAUUUUUCCUUGGGAAAAAAAAAAAGUUUGUUUAAUCUGUUGUAUUUUAUAUGAAUUUAUGUUCGUUUUGUAGUUUAAAAUGAAGUUAUAGGAGUGUCUGAUACUGUCCUAAACUGUUCAGUAAUUGACAGCUGUCUAUCAAAUAUCUCUAAUGUGGUUAAAGCAGGUUUGUAUAUUUUUCAAAAUAUAUGGCAGAGUUGAACAGUGCAUUAUAUACUAAAUUAUAUAAACAAAAUUAUAUGCAAAGUAGUUACAUCGUUUUGUGACUUCAGUAAAAAUUAAGAUCGACUGCUUUUUAAAUUGCGUUGGCCAGCUCAGGAGGUUUUUCCUUGACCAUUCUAAUGAAGUGAGGAGCUGGCCCUUUCUACUGUCCUAAGCAGAAAUCAAGAAAGUUAAUUUAAAUAAAGAGUUCUCAUUUACUGUGUGAAGUACCUUGUUUCAGUCACUGAUGGAUAUUCUUAGAAUUGCAAUUGAAAAAAAAUGCAUAAAAAGCCUACUUUCCAAAGUCA